CUACUGCUGAAGGCUUCUGAAAUAUCGCUUCCUGGCCCAGGAGUUGUCUGAGAGCUCGCUGGGGGGCACCAUCCAGGAAAUAGCACGUUUGGCCUCGUCCUGCAGCAGCUAGUUGUUCUAUGAUUACCACACCAUUAUCUCCCGGUGGAGGCGGGGGAGGCACCGCGCGUGUGGUGCACAGCAAGGCCGGGUCAUCCACGCGCGCGUCACCAGCGCUCUUCUGGCGGAGCGCAGGGCCCAGCGCGGCCAUCCGCACCUGCAAUGUUUCAACAUACUCAACGCGCACCCCGCUGCGCGCCUACGCGGUGGCGUCCCAAACCAUGAGCCCGGGUCUGGACAUGUCGGACAUGGGAACAGGCGGCGGCCCCAGCAUGCCCUCGCCGGACCUGCGAGAUAUGGCCACGCUCCAGCUGGGCAUGCUCUACCAGCUGCUGUCCAUGGCGGGCAACAACUACAGUUCCAUGCGCUGCACUGUGUACGCGCGCACGUUCAUGGACGUGGGGCCGGGCCAGGUCAAGCUGGUGCGGGUGGCCAAGUUCCCUGUGGCGCCAGGGCAAGGUGACGACCUCCUCACCGCCCAGCAGAGCACGCUGCUGCUGCACACCGAGCAGUCGUGGGCUCUGCAGGGCGGCUCGGCGGCUGUGGACCCCAGCGGACUGAUUGAGGACUGCCUGCUGCACCGCGAGGUGGUGGCGCUGCCGCACUCCUCGGCGCUGGUGUUCCCGCUGGUGGACAGCGGCGUGCUGGUGGGGCUGCUGGUGGUGGAGCUGGACGCGUCAUCAGCAGCACAGGCGGCGGCGUUGGCGGCUGGCGGGCAGCAGCAAGGGGGCAUAGCGGGGGCGGGGGCGGGCAGCGCGCAGCCGGCAGUGGACGCGGCGUUCGCGAGCAUUCCGUCACUGGCGGCCGGCGGCGCAGCGGCCAUGCUGCCCAAGCUCUGCCUGGCGCAGGAGGCGGCGGCGCGGGGCGCGGGCUCCAGCAGUGGGAACGGCAGUAGCGGUGACAGCAGCGGGGCGCUGGGCGGCGUGCAGGAGUGCAGUGUGGAAGGGCUGCUGGACGACGGCGUGGUGGGCGAGCGCUCCAGGGCGGGGCAGCACCGCAACCUGACGGACGAGGAGCUGCGCUGCCUGCGCCUGGCGGUGCCACUGCUGGCCAAGGCGUGCGGCAUGGACGCGCGCGCCAGCUGGCAGGUGGCGCAGUCGUCCAUGACGGCGGCGGCGGCGCGCGGGCUGCUGCGCGAGGCCCAGCGGCCGCUGUCCACGCUCAACACGUUUGGCAGCAUGCUGGUGCCGCGGCUCAAGGACGGCGAGCCGGACAAGGACAUGGCCAAAGGCAUCCUGAUGCAGGGCCGGCGGCUGCAGGACCUGGUGUGGCAGCUGGAGGAGGCGCUGCACGGGCCGUCGCCGCAGGCGGCCGCCGCGGCGGCAGCCUCAGCCGGCAUGGCCGUGGCCGGCUCCUCGCUGCCAGCAGGCGCCGCGGCGGCAGGUGUGGCGCUAGGCCCUGGGUUGGGGGCGGGGCGGGGCUCCGGGCCGGCGUCGCCGUUCCGGUCGCCGGUGGCGCUGCCGCUGGACCAGAGCCCGGCGGUGCAGGAGCUGCUGCAGCUGCCGCCGCCGCGGCCGGUGGCGCUGCCGCCGCGCGCAGCGCCUGACGAGGCCGCCGCGCCUGUGGUGGACACGGCGGCGCCACAGGGGCUUGUGAGCCCGCCGCCAGUGCACCCGGGCCGCGUGACGUACGCCGAGCCGCCAGCGCCCUCCUCCACACUGGAGCCGUCGUCAUCGGCGCCGGGGUCGGCGGCCUUCACCAUCCGCCAGCCCGCGGUGGCCCGCGCGGGGACGCCGGCGGCGGGCCCGGGCGCCGCAAUGGCAACCAUUGACGUAGAGACCGACAGCAGCAGCAGCAGCAACUCGGACGGCGCAUGCGCAUCCGGCGCCACUGGGGCCGAUCACGGCUACAGCAACCCCGGCAGCCCGCGCGCUACCGGCGCGCUGGCGAUUGAGCGCAGCGGCAGCACCAGUGCUGUGGGGUCGUCGGGGCCAUUCAGCUGGGCGCCUGGGGCGGGCGUGAGCACCAACCUGGUGGCGGCGCUGGCGGGCGUGCUGACGGCCGCGUGCCGGCUGGCGGCGGUCAGCGGCAUCGGCUUCAUCGUCAACUCGCCGCUGUCCGCCGUGCUGCCGCCACGGCGCGGCGCCGGCAAGCCGCGGCCGGCCGCCGGCUCGGCUGCGGACGCAGCGGCGCUGGGCGCCGCGGGUGACCGCGCGCCGCGCGUAGCGCGGCCGUCGUCGUCAUCUUCGGCAUCCGCAGCUGCAGCGGACUUGGACAGUGUGGUGGAGGGGCCGCGGCUGAUCCCCCGCCCCGCCCGGCCGCUGCUGGUGGGCGUGCGUGCGGCGCUGGUGGCCAAGAUCGUGGGCUACAUGCUGGACAUUUGCCUGCAGUCCACGCCGCGCGGCGGCCAGCUGUGCGUGUCGGCGCGGCAGGACGGCGCCGGCGUGCAGCUGCUGCUGCUGCACAGCGGGCGCAUGGACCUGCAGCGCCUGCACAUGCGCUCGCGCUCGCUCAUGGCAGCCACCACGGCGCCGGCCGCGGCGGCUUCGCCGUCCGCAGCGGCCGCCGUGCCGGUGAUGGCGGGUGCGUCCGCGGCGGCGCGGGGCGGCGGCGGCCACGCUGUGGCUGGCCGCGGCUCGGGCUCGCAGCACGCACAUCCAUCAGGGUCCACAGCGGCGGGCGCCGGCGGCGCGCAGGCGGGCUCGGGCGUGCUGAGUGUGGAGCUGGCGCAGGAGCUGGCGCAGCAGGCGGGUGGGCACCUCACCGUGUCCUACCCCUGCAACAUGGUCAACGCCGGCACCGGCAGCCUGGACCUGGGGACCAGUGUGGAGAUCUGGCUGCCGGGGCCGGGCGCGCUCAACUAAUUUGCCCAACUCGCUUUUGAUUUGUUGGCGCAAGUUGGAUCGGAAUCGACGAAAUGGGUGUGGGCCUACAGGGCGUUGUAGAGAAGGCGUGGAUUACAUCAGGUAUGAAGGCAGCUCAGUCCCCACAAGCAACCAUGCCUGGACAGGUUGUGUGGUCCGGUGGUGCAAAUAACCUUUUGCCGCAGCUGCGUGACCAUGCGCAUUGCAGUUGCACCGUGAAUGACAUUCGACCAACGUUUAAGUCAGAACGAUGAUUACGCAUCCAAAGAGUGGGACGAACGCAUGCGGAGUUACUUGUACAGCACCAAUCAACGGUGUGUUCAGGAGCGCUUCUUGGGGGAGUGGUGUUAUGCAGAGGACUGAACUAGUGAGAAGGCCCAGUGCGUUUGUGCGCCUGCGCGCGCGCGCCCAUUUGUGCGCAUUUAAUGUUGCGCGAUGUUGAGACGUGGUUAGCCUGCUGUGGCUGUGGCGGCGGGCAAAGUGUCCUGCCCUGCACUUGACUCCAGCGUCGUGCUCAAGCGUUGAGCGUGCAAGAGCGCCCUUUGUACCAUUUCGUUGUGUGUUGAUAAGUGUAGUAGCAUUAUCGAGUGGGUGUUGUUAGACGGGACGACAGCUCCCGCCCCUGGCACUGGCGUUGAUGGGUGGGCCUAAGCAGGGUGGCUGCAAGCAUUCACGCAUGUCAGGCGCCGCACGGCUGGUGGAGGAGAAGCCGUUUGAACGCAUAACGCUACACUUGCACACGCAAAUUGUUGGAAGCUAUGCGUUGUACGGAGUGAUUAAAUCACAAGUAUGAAGCUCUGAGGGGGGCGGUUGUAAUAACCAGCCCAAACUGAACCAUGGGGGUGUUCAACGCCAUGUGGGACCGGAAGCUGCCACGAGGCCAGGUAGGGCAGGGUCCGGGGUGGGAGCAGCGCAGGUUGGCAAAGUGGGGUCAUUGGUGUGGGGUUCCGCCGGGCAACAGGGCGGCCGUCGGGGCCGGCAGUAACCGCGGGCCUUGCGGUAUCAGUUAUGCCCACACAGAGCGUUCAUAUUUGCAGGUACCUGAUUGCGAGGCGUGUUUGUGGCUGCGGAUGUGGAUCAGGCGCAUUCCCAGAGUCUU